AUGACAUUAAAGACCAUUGUGAAGUCACCUCUUCCCGAGGAAGCUAUUCCCAAAGAGAAGCCCGCCAUUAGGGUAUCCUCACCCCCAAACGGUGGCGCCUUAGCAUGGCUCAAUGUUCUGGGAAGCUUCAUGCUUUACUUCAAUACAUGGGGCAUCCUGAACACCUUUGGUGCCUAUCAAACCUAUUAUGAGUCCGGUGCUCUCUUUCAAUCCACCUCGUCCGACAUAUCCUGGAUAGGUUCCAUUGCCGCAUUCAUGCUAUUGUUUGCCGGUAUUUUUGUUGGUCCCAUCUACGACAGAGGUUAUCUUCGCGCACUCCUCAUGGUGGGCUCGUUUAUGGUCGUUUUCGGACACAUGAUGCUAAGUCUGUGCUCCGAAUUCUGGCAAGUUGUGCUGGCACAGGGAUUUGCCGUCGGAAUAGGAACUGGCUGUCUAUUCGUUCCAUGUGUUGCAAUUAUUCCUCAAUACUUCACUACCAAGAUGGGCGCUGCAAUGGGUGCGGCUGCUUCGGGAUCAGCGCUCGGUGGUGUCAUCUAUCCGAUUGUUCUGUACCGACUUAUCAAUCAAGUUGGCUUUCCCUGGGCAGUACGUGUGAUUGGAUUUAUUGCACUCGCCUCACUGCUCAUUCCAAUCAGCAUCAUGCGUCUGCGCGUUCAACCACCUAAGGUUCGUGCAAUGGUGGAUCCCAGCGCAUUCAAGGACCCGGCUUAUCUGGCUUUCGUGUUCACCUCGCUCAUUGCGUACAUGGGCCUGUUCGUUAUUAUGUUUUACCUCUCCUUCUUUGCCGAGGCCACUCGCCUCACAGAUAGCAGUCUCGCCUUUUACAUGGUGCCCAUCUUCAAUGCAGCAUCUGUUUUUGGUCGGACAAUCCCGAACAAGCUCGCCGACCGCUUUGGCCCAUUUAAUCUUCUCGUUCCCGCCGCCCUAUCCUCGGGGCUGUUGAUGUUCUGCAUGAUGGCAGUGCAAUCAAAAGCCGCAAUUAUUGUAAUGGCACUGCUUUCCGGCUUCAUGAGUGGUGCGCUGAUCGGACUGCCUCCUAUGUGCUUGGCCAUUCUGACGGCGGAUAAGUCGAAGCUGGGGACACGUGUUGGUAUGGGCUACGCAAUCAUCGCACUAGGUGUGCUGGCCAGUGGUCCCAGCAGUGGUGCGAUUCUCAGAAACGGUGGCGCAUCGCUUGAUUGGCACAGUUUGUGGGUGUUCGGUGGCGUUCCGACCUGCGUCUCGGGACUAGGCUACGCGGCGAUUAGGAUCUUUAUGUAUGGGCCAAAGCUGAAUAUCAAGGCGUGA